UGUCAACACUUUCUGAAGAAUUUUCAGCACAGUUGUCCAUCCUCUUCCUCUCGCAUUGGCUUUAUCUGGCCUACCCCAGUCAAUCUGAUGCUGGGUGUAAUUUGUGCACCACUGCAACAUAUUCACAAUUUGCACACAAGAAAAACUUUUUAAAGGAGAGCUGGACAGAUUUUGUGCUGCUGCGAGUGUGCUUCUGUGUUUGGGUUUGUGUGAGGAAGCAGUGUGGUUGGAGUGUUGCUCUGAGGUGUCAGAGCUGAAACACUUCCUCGUCUCUACUCAUCACACCAACCUGCAGAGAACAUCAACGGCUCACAGUCUGCUUAACAGCCCACUGAUCUCACAUGUGACACACUGAGUGCACAUUGCUUUACCUACACUUAUCAGACUCUUUUCUCAGUUAAAUUAUUAGUGUGACGUGUGAGACAUUAAGAGGUACUGAUAGAGCGUGAUAUCUGAUUACUUUGAUUUCGUGCAGAACUGGUCUUCCUCACUCCCGAGUGAUGCCUCGUUCUUUCUUGGUGAAGCGAGGAGGGCUGCACCACCUUCGGCCUGCAGAGAGAGGCCCUGGAUCAACCACGCUGUAUUCUCCUGCUGCCAAACACCCUGAUGGAGACGAGCACCUUCAGCCAUUCAAUCCCAAAUCUUACGUCUGUAGAUCUCCUGAGCCCUGCAGUCCUGUCAAUCAAAAUACUUUAAGUCCCUUUGAAAAAGCCGGAUCUCCUACACCAGCCCUAUGGUCCAGACCACCUGUGAACUCAGAAUAUCCAGACAAACUGUCAGGGGGACUGGGAGACUUGACUCAGCACGCUCAGGUCCUCAGGGAGACCAAGAGCUCGAAGAUCAGCGCUCUGAGGCAAGAGUGUCCAUUGUGUAGCAAAAUAUGUUCAUGUCUGUCCAGUUUAAAGACACACCUCAAGAGUCAUACAGGCAGGUCACCUCUGUCGCCAGCACGCAUCAAGUCCAGGAGAGAUACUGAACAGACACCAUGCAGGGGCAAGGAGAGGACGUUUGGCUGUACCGUGUGCGGAAAAGUGUUCAAGCGCUCCUCCACCCUCUCCACUCAUCUGCUCAUACAUUCAGACACCCGACCGUAUCCCUGCCAGUACUGCGGCAAGAGGUUCCACCAGAAGUCUGACAUGAAGAAACACACCUUCAUACACACUGGAGAGAAACCCCAUGUGUGUCAGAUAUGUGGGAAGGCAUUCAGCCAGAGCUCCAACCUCAUCACCCACAGCCGUAAACACAGGGACGACCGGCCCUACCGCUGCCCUCACUGCCUCUACAGUUUCCAGCACAAAGUGGACCUGCGGCAGCACCAGGAGCACCACUGCGCCUACCGCUGACUUUCACUCAGCCGAGCCAACAUCUGCAGCCUUUUUCAUAGGGAAUGCUUUGAGGACAUACUAUAAAUCUACUGACUGUGUUGUCUUCAUGACCAAGUCAAAUACUGUAUUACAUCCAAAGCUAGUUUAGUUUAUAUUUUAGAUUUAUCUUUUAGGACAGUGAGGAAAACUGUUCUGCUCACAGGAUAAUAUUUCAUUGGCUUAUUGUUUACUUUAGUGAAGAAUAACCAAUGGCAGUGAAUUGAGCUUGUGAAAAGAUAUAUUGUCAGGGAAAUGUGCUUAUCUUUCUCACAUGGUUUGUCCAUAUUGUCAGCAGAUCUGUGAUUAUUUGAAGGUGGAGUGAAACUGAAAUUUCACUUUCACUUUCCUUUUACAAUCAACAAACUAAAACAGCGGUUCCCACACACACACACACACACACACACUCCCAGGUUGGGAAUUGCAGAAAUUUAGCUUUGACAGUCUGGUGACACACUACAUUGUUUAUGAAGGCAGUUGGUUGACUGAAUGCAGUGCUGCAUCAGUAUGAAGAGAUCUCUGAACAGCAGUGUAGUUCAGUACACGUAAGUAGAAAGCUGAAUAUAACUUUUAACUUUCUUGUCACAGUGAGACUUUAAACUGAGUCCAAUAAACAGAUAUAUUAUUUG